UUAAGCACUUAUCUCAACGUAGAAGAGAGCAAAGUGAGCAGCAUGUUCGACGAUCUGCAAUUGAUCCACAUGAGUGUGCGAAUUUUACGCUUUUGGUCAUUGAUCUACGAACACACUUGGCGACGUUAUGUUUGCCUGUCGAUGACGACCUUCUUGGUUUUCACACAGCUUUACUAUAUGUUCCGCACCAGCGAAGGUAUCGACUCCAUCAUAAGGAAUUCGUACAUGUUGGUUUUAUGGUUCAAUACCAUACUUCGGGCGUACCUAUUGCUGUAUGAUCGAGAAAAGUACGAAAAGCUGUUGAGCGAUUUGGAAACAUUUUACUAUGACUUGAAGCGAUCAAAGGAUUCUUAUAUACAGGACCUACUGGUGGAAGUCAACACGACAGGCAAAUAUAUGGCACGAGGCAAUCUCUUCCUUGGGCUACUCACCUGCUUUGGUUUUGGCUUCUAUCCGCUCUUUGCUACGGAAAGAGUUUUGCCCUUUGGAAGCAUGAUCCCGGGCGUUGAGGAAUACAAAAGCCCGUUCUACGAGUUCUGGUAUAUCUAUCAAAUGGUAAUCACGCCCAUGGGCUGUUGCAUGUACAUUCCCUAUACAAGUUUGAUAGUGGCUUUCAUCAUGUUUGGCAUUGUGAUGUGCAAGGCACUGCAGUUUCGGCUGAAGACGUUGCACCGCGUGGGGCACAUUGAAUCCCUCAUUCAUAAAAACGUCCGGGAAUGCAUACGCUAUCAACUGUCCAUUAUUGAUUAUAUUACGCGCGUAAAUGCUUUGACGACUUACAUAUUUCUUUUGGAAUUUUUAGCCUUCGGCACACUGCUAUGCGCCUUACUGUUCCUGCUAAUCAUUGUUGACUCCUCGGCUCAGGCGAUUAUAGUUUGCGCUUAUAUUGCCAUGAUAUUUGCACAGAUUUUGUCGUUAUAUUGGUAUGCGAACGAGCUGCGUGAGCAGGGUCCAUCUGUUAGACCUUUGAGAUAUCGAUGUAAAGUUUUACACACGUUUCUUACUCCCGAAAAAGUUGCUCAAUUGUCGAAACCGCAGAUAUCGAACCACUGCAGCAUAUAGCUGACAUACCAACUCAUCCAUCAAAAAUGUGUAUUUGUAUGGGAAAACUUUUUGUUUGACGAUAUCAGGCGCAUUCGAGAUGGCAAUCACGACAGCAGUGUUGCAAAUUAUACAAAUAAUGCCUGCGCAUCAGCCGAGUAUUUGCAAAUUUGCAACACAGCUACUGUACCGCUGUAAUUAUUACGUAGCUCGAACGCACCCAUCUUCACGAAAUUUGGCAUGGAUUGUAGUCCAAGUGUUCCGAUCGGUUUAUUAUAGCACAUACAUAGCUACCAUACAAACUGGCAGAUCAAAAUCAAGUUCUUGUAUGGCAUCUUUUGUAUUAGUGAAGUAUUGUAGCUUCGGUGUAACCGAAGUUAAUUGUUUUUCUUGCUACUUUCUAUUUUUAACUUUAU